AUGACCUCAGUGGUGAUGAAUCGUGCAUCGUCGACCUCUCUUUUCGCCGCCCGCUCCAUGGUGCUAGGAUUGGCUAAAUGUAUAUUUCUCGCAAUUUUCCAUCUACCCCUUACAUCAGCUGCGCCCUUAUUUUCGACCUCCACCAGCUCUCAUGACACCGAAACUCCGAAAGAUCCUAGCGACCCGAGCCUAUGGCUGUACCUGGGAAUCUCGGCGGCCCUUGUCCUCAGUGGCGGGGCCUUCGCGGGACUCACAAUUGCGUUGAUGGGACAGGAUGAAGUGUAUCUCCAAGUGAUCCACACAUCUGGCGAGGAAUCGGAGAAGAAAUAUGCGGGCAGUGUUCUGAACCUUCUGAAGCGUGGGAAACAUUGGGUACUGGUGACCCUCCUACUCAGCAACGUGAUCACCAACGAGACCUUACCUAUCGUCCUUGAUCGGACCCUCGGUGGCGGAUGGCCGGCCGUCCUGGGAAGUACCGCAUUGAUUGUUAUCUUCGGCGAGGUUGUCCCCCAAUCAAUCUGUGUUCGUUAUGGUCUGCCAAUCGGAGCCUGGAUGGCACCGUGUGUUCUAGUUCUGAUGUAUGUCAUGUCCCCGGUCGCUUGGCCAGUUGCAAAAUUGCUGGACAAACUACUCGGCGAGGACCACGGGACCAUCUACAAAAAAGCUGGAUUGAAGACUCUCGUCACUCUUCACAGAACUUUGGGUGAAGCUGGGGAGCAACUCACUUCCGAUGAAGUCACAAUCAUCAGUGCUGUACUGGAUUUGAAAGAAAAAUCAGUUGGAAGCAUCAUGACGCCAAUGGAAGAUGUCUUCACUAUGUCUGCAGACACUGUGUUGGAUGAACGCACCAUGGAUGUCAUUCUCUCCCAAGGAUACUCUCGAAUCCCAAUCCAUGCACCCGACAACCAAUUGAACUUUGUUGGAAUGCUCCUUGUAAAGAUGCUCAUCACCUACGAUCCUGAAGAUUGCAAGCGUGUUCGCGAUUUUGCUCUGGCUACACUGCCCGAGACCCGACCUGAAACCUCCUGUCUUGAUAUUGUCAACUUUUUCCAAGAAGGGAAAUCUCACAUGGUCCUGGUGUCGGAAUAUCCUAGUGAAGACCGAGGUGCCCUCGGAGUGGUCACUCUGGAAGAUGUGAUUGAAGAAUUGAUUGGAGAAGAAAUCAUUGAUGAGUCUGACGUGUUCAUUGACGUACACAAGGCCAUCCGUCGCAUGGCCCCUGCACCAAAAUCUCGAGUACCCAAAGGGAAAAUCGUGGAAGCACUUCCUAUGGGGACUUCGGUUGUCGAUGGAGAGCAGAUUGAUGAAGAUGGCACCAUAAACUCUUCUGAUCCACAUCUCUCCGAUCUCGCUCGUCGUCGUAGCUCCGUCGAAGCGCCUCCUCUUCGGUUCCAGUUACGCAAGCAUGCGGGUGACAACAGCAAAGACUCACAAGACCACUGGGUCACCCAGAGAGGGGCCACUGAUGAAAUUCGAGAACAUUUGAAACAUCUGGGUCCUUCUAACCUGGCGAGUCGACCACGCCAAACCCGUUACCAAUCCGUGAAAAUCAAACGCAGUGGUACUUCACCUUCCCGCUCGGCCCAGACGGACUUUGAAUCCGGUCAAAGUACAUCUGAGUCCCAGGCUCAUGUUCCUUCCAUUGGUUACCAAGGGGGCAUUGGUGCAGGCCUUGUUAGCCCUGGAAUGGAGGCGAAGGAUGGCGCUUACGCGUUGAAAAUCGGCUAUGGGACCAUUACCCCUCACGAUACUAUCACCAAAAGCACCAGUUCCCAGCAAUUCAAAGACCUCGCCCAGGUCUCAAUCCCCGAUCCUGUUCACGAAGAAUGGGAGGGCCAGCCUCGCUCCGAUUCGACCCAAAAGGACAGCAGCCAGACUGACAGUAUCAAGUCCGCCGAGUCACGCUCGGAUUUUGUUUAUCACCACCGUGGCCCGGCCAGAAGCGGUAGCAUCACUGAGCAGAUAGUGGAUGUCAAUGGGAUCCGCAAGGUUGUGCUUCAUACAACAGGAAUGGGAAUGAGCUCUUCCGAGGAGGAAGAUCAAAACGCCUCCACUCAUAAACAAGGGGACUCCGAGUCGGCAGACACUCAUUCCAAUGUUAAAAAGAGGCGUCGUCGCAAGAAGCGUGGGCAGAAUCCCAAACAUGACGGGAAAAAUGGAGAAGAUCAGCCUCUUCUCCAAUAA